GUCGUCGCUUUUUAUCACAAAUAUAUUAUCGUACACUUUUUUAGUGAAGGGAACAGCUUUCAAGGAAAAAGGUGGUACGCUCUUUGUAGGGGAAGAGUGAGUGAAAGAACAAUGGUAGUGUUGAUGAGUCAUCGUCGUGUCCAUCCUCUGUCAGAUUCCCUUCUCCUUUUCCAUUAAAUCACCGUCAAAAAAAUCCCGAUUCCUAAUCCUUUUCAAAAGUGAAUCGAUUCCCAGAUAUUCUAAUCAUUCAAUUUCCCAAUGUUAAAGUCCUCCUCUCAGUUCAUCCUCUGGAUUUCAACUACUUUUGUUGACAGCAAAUCCACCUUUUUCUCCCAAUUUUUAAUCUGGAUUAUCACAUUCUGUUUUUUCCUCAAAAACCCAACUCGUUUUGCCUCUAAAUUAGGGUUCUUCGUGUUUCUCUGUUAACAUUUCGUGGUUUAAGUAGAAGUAAAAGAACAUAAUUCAGAUUUUCUCCUCUUUGUUCUUCAUUGCAUAUCGUUUCUGGGUUUUCGUUUCACUAAUGCUGGAGUGAAAUCGUUGAUUUGAAAAAUGGGGAUUUCGAAUUCAAAAGCAGAGACAUGUGAAGCUUUGCGAUUAUGCAAAGAGAGAAAGAAGUUCAUCAAACAAGCAAUUGAUUCAAGGUACAAUUUAGCAGCAGCACAUGUUGUUUAUGUUGAAUCCCUUCAAAACAUAGGAAUUGCCCUUCGUAAAUUUGCAGAAAGAGAAGUAAUCUUAGACUCAUCUUCAAUCACAUAUGCCGAGAAACCCCCACCCCCACCGCCAUCUCCACCACAGAUUGACCACAAUGGUGCCACCGGUGGGGGUGGCGACCAAUCGGAUUCUCCAUCUCCAUCUCCGCUGCCAGAUGUGAGCUUAAAUUACAUGAAAUCAAGUGGGGCUGGUGUUGUAACUGUUAAUGUAAACCCAUCGAAGAGUAGUAAUUGUAAUAAGAUUUAUGUAGACGAUGUUGAAAAUCCGUCAUUCACAAUGUCGCCACCGCAGCCGCCGCCUCCUCCUCCUCGUUUUUCUUGGGACUAUUUUGAUCCAACAGAGGGAAGCUUUAGAUUUAUGAGUCAGGAACGAUUUCAAGUUAACUCCGUUGAUACAAAUGUCCAUGAUCAGUUCCCUGAUCAAGAUGCCGAUUUGGGAGAAUUCAAUACGCCUCCUGAAUCAGUGAAAAAGGAUCAAAAUCCGCAUUUUGAUGAUAACAAUUUGGUUGCUAAUGAAGCAAACGGAGUCGCUGAAAAUGAAUGUGAUUUGAACGAUGGUUGUUUGAGUGAGGAAGAAACAGAGGAUACUUCAGAGCUCGUUGUUCAUGGAAGUAAAGAUUUUGUUUUAGGCAUCAAAGAGAUCGAGAAUCACUUCAUUAGAGCAUCGAAAGCAGGAAAUGAAGUUUCAAGAAUGCUCGAGGCAAAUAAGAUUCAAUUUAGCUAUUCAGACGCCAAAGGUAACUCAACUUCAACAGGAUCUUCUUUGGCACUCCUAACUUGUUUUAGAGGCGAAACCUCACUCGUGUUGCAUGAACCUCAACAAACAGCAAAAGUAAUUACAUGGAAGCGAUCAAUGUCUUCACGUUCAUCAUCAUCAUUGCAUCCUCCAAGCACACCAACAAAAAAUGAUAACGAAAAUAAUUUCAUGGAAGAGUUUUGCAUGAUUGCAGGAAGCCAUUCUUCAACUCUUGAAAGAUUGUAUGCUUGGGAAAGAAAGCUUUAUGAUGAAGUGAAGGCAAGUGAAUCUAUUAGGAAGGAGUAUGACCGAAAGUGUGAUCAACUUAGACAUCAAUUCGCGAAGGAUCUUAAACCUCAUGUGAUUGAUAAAACUCGAGCUAUGACUAAAGAUUUGCAUUCGCGUAUUUGGGUUGCAUUACAUACGGUUGAUUCUAUAUCAAAACGGAUUGAGAAAAUAAGAGACGAAGAGUUACAACCGCAACUUGUGGAACUAAUUCAAGGAUUAAUCAAAAUGUGGAAAUCAAUGCUCGAAUGCCACCACGCCCAACACAAAACAAUCUCAUCUUCUCACCAUUUCACCAUUUCAAGAACACAAAUUCACCAAAACGAAUCCAAGAACCAGAUUCUAAUCGAGCUACAACACGAGAUCGAAUGCUUUGCAUUAAGUUUCACAGAUUUAAUAAAAUGCUACACUUCAUACAUAAACUCAAUCAACAAUUGGCUCCAAAACUGCAUCACCCAACCAAAAGAACGAGCCAAGAGCCGAAGAGUCUUCUCACCCCGACGAGCCGUGGCUCCACCGAUUUUUGUAAUCUGUCGCGAUUGGUUAGCCGGGGUUCGAGCCCUACCGGCUCAGAAGCUUAGUGAUGCCAUUAAAGACUUGGUGUCUCAUGUUCAUCGAGUUUCUAUGGAAGAAUUUGAGAAGAAAGAGAUGGAUGUUGAGAAUGGUGAGGUUAUGGGGUUGGAUUUGAGCAAGAUUCAUGUGGGUUUGACUAAGGUUCUUGAUCGUUUGACUAAAUUCUCUGAAGAAUCUUUGAAGAUGUAUGAAGAGAUUAAAGAGAAUAGUGAGACUGCUGGAAGUGUUUAUUUGAAUUAUCGGCCACCGAUGAGGGCUUUUAGUGUAUGAUGAAUGUUUUUUUGAUCGUUUUGUUAUGAUGCGAAGUGUUUCGUGAAGGAAGAAGGGCAUAAGGUGUUUAUCCUUG